UUUGUCAUGCUCUUCCUAUUUCCGGUUCAUGGGGCGGGCGAGGGUAGUGAGGCGGACAUGGCCGUCGCAAUGGCCCUUGGGCUCUGCCCCUGCCCGCCGACCAUGGCCUGUCCCUGAGCAGCUCCCGCUUCUCCGUCGAGCCGUGGUGCGGACGGAGAGGACCGUGCGCGGCAGCAGGAUGUCAUCACAUUCCCAUACCUCUGCUGUGCUGGUAGUCUUUAUGGCCCUUGCUGUUGGUGUGGGAGCUGAACCGCUGACUGAGAAGAGCUGUGAUGUGGUUGGUGAUGAGAGUACUGAGUCACAGAUGGAAAAAGCCCUGCUGAAGAAACUAGAACCACUGAGUCAAAUAAGAUUUAACACGACUGUGGAGAUUGGCACAACUGAAAACUAUGCCUACCAUUUCAGGGUAUGCAGAGAGGUCAACAGCAGCUUGCAUGAUUUUGCUGGCGUAGUACAAAUGGAUAGGCAGUCUGGAAAGACUACAGUAAUAGGAAGAAUCAAUGAAACCCAGGUCUUCAAUGGAAGUGACUGGAUCAUGCUGAUUUAUAAAGGAGGUGAUUCAUAUGGUAGGCACUGCAGUGGUGAGAAGAGAAGAGCUGUGAUAAUGAUUUCUUGCAAGCGAGGAAUUACAGCGAGUUCAUUCAGCAUUAUUUCAGAAGAGAGGGAAAAGGAGCAGGACUGUUUCUACCUCUUUGAGAUGGACAGCAGUGUGGCUUGUCCAGCUGAGGAUUCUCACCUCAGCACUGGCUCCAUUCUACUAAUCACGUUUUCCUCAGUAAUCGCAGUCUAUAUCAUUGGUGGGUUUCUCUACCAGCGCCUUAUAGUGGGAGCAAAGGGCAUGGAGCAGUUCCCUCACUUUGCGUUCUGGCAAGAUUUGGGCAAUUUGGUUGCGGAUGGCUGUGACUUUGUCUGCCGAUCUAAGCCUCGAAAUGUACCAGCUACAUACCGUGGUGUGGGUGAUGACCAGCUGGGUGAUGAGUCAGAGGAACGGGAUGACCACUUGCUACCAAUGUGAUAGGCUUUCAACACUUCUCCCCAUUUCCCCCCAGCCAGUUCUUCUCUCUUCUGAUUUUUCUUUACAUGAUACGCUUUGCCUGUCUGGUGUGUCAAGUCUCAUGGAUGCCUCUAGAUGUGAACAGCACUGGUCCCCAAUGGCAUGCCUCAUUGCUGUAAUGCUGUUUUGUUUUUUUGUUUUUUUUUUGUUUUUUCCAAAAAAAUGCAGUAAAGCAGCAAAGCUAUGGGGAGCAAGUGCUGAGAGUUGAUAGGACAGCAAGAAAACAAUGUGAAUGAUCAGCACUGAGAAGGAAAGGGAGUUUCUUCAUUGAGAGGAAGAAAGGGCUGUGAAUGCAUAUGCAGAAAGGGAAGUCUCCAUUUAAAAAACUGAGACUGUAGCAGAGGGGUCUUUUAAUGUAUUUUUUUUUCCUAGGAUUUACAAAAUCUGUUAGACACUUUUUUUUUUCCUUUAAAUGCAUUUUUGGCUUUUCUAGCACCUGCACUGUUGCACACAGUCUUUGUCAGCAUAACCUGCAUGAAAAGCUCUAUGCUGGACUCACUGGAGUUGGAAGAGGCAUUAGCACCCCUCUAGUCUUUUUUCUAAUGCCAAUGUGUUGAAAAAUAGACACCUGUUUCCUUCAGGAGGUGUAAAAGGAUGCAUGCCAUCCUCUCAGACAAGAGAGGGGCAAUGCUAAAAAGAACCGAGUUAAAUGCUGUUUCACUACUUUUGAAUUCAGUCAAAAUACUGUCUUCUCCAUCACAGAAGAGCAAAAAAAAAAAAAAAUUAUCAUCUCCUAAAUGAAGGGAAUGCUUUCUGAAUGUGUAAGUGACAUCAAGGCAAAAUCAGAAAAUUGAAGACAGCUAUCACUUGAGUUCUUUAAGAAGCCUUACUUGAAGCUUUAUGCCUAUACAGCUCAGUCAUGGUCAGAAUUGUGAUCUCAUGCUUCCUGAAGCUUCCUUGUCUGGCAGAAUGUUUUCCUGGGAAGCUACUACAAUUCUUAUUAAAAAGAGUAAGAAUGCUAACACACUCAGAAAUGUUUUGAGAGUGACCCCAGUUGCUGUCCCCUUCAACAUGAUGUACACCAGUCUUAAGACACUUGCCCUGUGCAGAUGGUACUUGAAUACUGCUUGGAGCAAGAGAGCCUUCCACUUGGGCACUUGGGAAAAGCAGGUACAGCUGAGUUACAAGACUUAAUUUGAACCUUUAGGAGCAUAGUACUUUGAUUCUUAAUUGCUUUUUGCUUAGUCUAGCUCCUCACUCCCAUCUGCAGUAUGGCAGAAUGGAAAGAAAACAGUCUUUGAUCUUGAGGGCACAGACUGAUGAAUACUAAUGGCAUGGUACAGAUAAGGUUUGUGGGUUUUUAUACUGACAAAGCAGUAUAACCAAUGACAAUAGGGGCAAAGAGAUGACCCUGUUUUCUUGCUGGGGGAUGAGUGGGCAAACACCAAAAGUCAGAGCAGAAAUUAUGGUCUCAGUCUUUCUCAUAACAUGGGAAAAAAUGAAGUCAUUAAGCCAGCUGGUACUGUUUCAUGGUGGUAUUUAAGGUAACUUGUUUUUUGUACAAAACAACUUUCAAAAAUAAAAUGAUCAGACACCC